AUAGUGUGUGUAAAGCGUCGACAGCGAGUUUUAGAACUCGUCAUACAUGCAGUAAAAAAAUAAAAAUAAAAAAAAAGUUAAAAAUAUAUAAAUUUAAAAAAAAAGCUUACUGGAAUUAGGCGAGUGAUUGAUAGGUCUCGUGUUAUCGGCAUGUUUCAAAUGAUACAGAUCAAUCACGCAGUGCGUCUCCCAACCGAAAGUGAAACUAAACCUGAACCGACGAGCAGCUAGCUAACUGGGCACAGGGAGGGGAAAUACACGGAUCAGAUUCAGCCUCUUGUAGUCUGACCAUCAACCAACGGAAAAUGAGAAAAGUGGCAGCAUGUGGAUUUUUCAUUCUCCUUCUCGACACAAUACUGAGUUCGGCACUGUGGGCAGGACUGGUGCUGCUGGAGGGCCGAGGUUGUUGUCGACUGGCAGGUGUCUGGGCCUUUGGGGCAGUAAAAUGGGCUAUUCUACAUGUUUUCACCUCCGUACUGACUGAUGGAAAUCCCCAGGCUGUGCUCCGCAGGUUGGUAGCACUCCUCUGCCUUCUUUCUCCUGUGUUUGAAAGUGGACGGAUCCUUAUGGCAAGUCCACCAUCUCCCAACCUCAGCAUGCUGCUGUUGGGCCCGAUGUCCUCGUCACUGGCCUGUGUGGUUUGGGAAAAGGGUCUCUGCGGUCAUGGAAAGAUAAGAAAAGAUGCCAACAAACUGGAUACCAGACAGACGCUGAUGAGGGUGGUGAUAUACUUCAGACCAGAUACGCUUUACCUGAUCGCAGCUUUUAGUUUCCUCAUCUUAGGGGUCAUCUGUGACACAUACAUCCCACUUUAUCAGGGGAAGGUCAUCGAUAUGCUAAGUGGUCAAGUCCAAACCAGCUUCUGUUAUGCAGUCGGACAGCUGGCACUUUUCUGUAUUGGAAGUGCUCUGUUCUCUGGCUUGAGAGGAGGCAUAUUUAUGUGCACCCUGGCCAGACUGAACAAGAGACUAAAGCACCGGCUGUUUCACACUCUCAUGCAGCAGGAAGUGCACUUCUUUGAGGAGGAAAAACCUGGAAGUCUUUCCUCCCGACUGCACUCCGAUGUGGACAGGAUGGGCCGAACAGUGGCACUGAACGCCAACGCGCUAGUCCGCAGCACAGUCAAAACCUGCCUCAUGCUCAGAGUGAUGGUGGGCCUGUCCUGGGAGCUCACUCUGCUCACCUGUGUAGAGAUGCCACUCUUGGCCAUAGUGCAGAACAAACGCAUCACUUGGUACAAGGAGCUGAAAGAACAGAUGCAGGAAUGUCACGCUAAGAACAAAGAAAUGGCUCUCCAGACGAUCAGCGGGAUUCGUACAGUCCGCAGCUUUAAAGCGGAGAAAGAUGAACUGAGGAGGUAUAAUGAGGCUCUGGACCAGAUGUGCGCUGUCAAGAGACGUUCGGGAAUCUACAGUGCAGUCUUCCUCUUAAUACGCAGGCUGGUGAGCCUGGGGAUAAAGAUACUCAUGCUGUUACAAGCCCGCAGUCUCAUCUCAUCCGGCCAGCUCAGUAUCGGCAAUCUCACGUCCCUUGUGUUGUACCAGAAGCCCAUGUCAGUCAAUCUAAAGGAGAUUUUUUAUUGCUGUGGAGAAACGGUGUCCACAUGUGGAGUAAUUUCCAAAGUAUUUAGCUAUCUUGACAGGAUGCCAAAGUGUAAGAAAGAGGGAGAUUUAGCUCCUGAGAAGCUGCAAGGAAGCAUUGUUUUCCAAAACGUCACCUUUACCUACCCCUCAGCUCCUCAAGAUAAAGCAGUACUUCAGUCAGUUUCAAUGGAGCUGCAGCCAGGGAAGAUGACAGCCCUAGUGGGUCCCUCCGGCAGUGGAAAGACUUCCUGUGUUAGCCUGCUGAAGAGGCUGUAUGAACCUCAGGAGGGACGGAUCCUGCUGGAUGGAGAGCCGCUGCACCAUUACAAACACAAAUACCUCCAUCAAAAGAUAGCCCUGGUAUCCCAGGAUCCUGUGCUGUUUUCGGGUUCACUGAGAUACAACAUUGAGUACGGCCUGAAGGACUGCAGCGUUGAGAAGGUGAAAGAAGCUGCAAAGAAGGCCAACGCAGAUGACUUAAUACCUGAGCUGGAAAAGGAAUGUGACACAGAUGUUGGAGAAUGUGGUGGCAAACUUUCAGCGGGACAGAAGCAGCACAUCGCCAUCAUCAGGGCUCUGGUUCGAGAUCCGCAGGUCAUCAUACUGGAUGAGGCUACGAGCAAACUGGAUGUAAAAGCACAGAAUGCUGUCAUGCAGGAGAUUCUGUCCUGUGGUCGGACAGUCCUGCUGGUGGCUCAUCAGCUGAAGACUGUGGAGAAGGCAGAUCACAUCAUCUUCAUGGAGAAGGGAUUAGUCGUGGAGGAAGGGACACACCAAGAACUCAUGGCCAAGAGAGGACGGUACCAUCGCUUGAAAGAGGAACUGUUCUCUCAACGCAGCUGAGAGAAGCUCAGUACU